UGCAUUAAAAUGAAUGAAAACGAAAUUGAUGUCCUUAGAAAUGAACUGGAACAUGAAAAAACAUGCAGAGAAGCUGCAGCAUGGCAGAAUACAGAAAUUGAGAAACAAAUCGUUUCUAUGCAAGAGGAAUUACGAAAAUCUGAUUAUCCUUGGGAUAAAGAUGAUGACUUGCAGAAGGAGAGUGCAAGACAUAAGCAACUGCUAGAUGCUAUAGAAACGCUGAAAGACCAAUUGCCUAUUUUGAAAGAAAGAAUUAAGAAUGCUAAAGUGUGUGGACCAGAUUGUAAAUUAAAACACGACGACCUCAACAUCAACUUAGACAUUCUUACGCCUGCUGAACUUCUGCGUACAGUGAAAAGAUUUGAACGACUCAAAACGGAUUUAAUAAGUACAUUACGUAGUAAGGAAUGGCGGUUGGACUCGGAGUCUAAGUUGUUCGUACGUGUGAACGAUCAGAGGACUUAUCUUCAGAACGAACUUAUGAUAUGUCACAACAAUAUAAUGCGUUUGCAAAGGAAUGGAAGUUAUUGGCAGAAUAUUCCCCGUAAAAAUGACGAGAGAAUCUUGGACCCAAAGCGAGGACCUAUAAAGAAAAUAUUUUGCAACGACCGUCUCCCGCCAAUUGUCACCUAGUGGGUCUACCAAAAGUCGUAUUUUGGUAGAAUUUUAAAUAAAAUUUGUCACACAGUAGUACAAUGUAGAAAAAUGGUAGUUGCAGAUUAUUUAUGCAGUGUGUUAAAGAUUUAUAGA